AAUUUCCACUAAUCCAGAUGUCAGCACAUAUUCUUUUUGGCGGGAAAUUCAAAUUAAUUCUCAAGGGUCAUAAGUUUAACUUCAUUUUCACUUUUCAAAUGUUGUGUUGAUGUUCACCUUUAAUUAGACUUUUAAUUGUUGGGGUAGAAUUUUUAUUAAUCAUGUCCUCCUUAUCAUCGGGUAUGAAAACAAGCUUCAGUACCAAUUCUUCUCUAUAUUCAACCCCCUGUCAAUCACCUGGUUCAUUGGGAUCUCUUGACUCAACUCGUCUUGAUAGUUUACAAUCAAAAGAAUCACUGACAACCCCGGGUCCAAGUGAGAAUAGUGGAUUAUUGGCAAUCCAGUUAAAUCAAGAAAAUUUUAAUUCUAUUGGUAAAAAUGGAUCUCGACCAGGUUCAUGUUCAUCUGGAUCUUCAUUUAAUAGUGUGAAAACAUUGUUACCACCGCCAUCAUCUUGUAAACCAGAUCAAUUUAACCAAACCAGAACACAAGAUGAUCCCUCCAAAUCUUUUAACUUUACAAAUACUAUUUGCUGGCAAAAUUUAUUCCAAUUACGACAAGAUUUAACCCUUAAAUUGUCCGGAUUGCGACAACAAGUUCAAUCAAUAGUUCAUCAGUUGGAUGAAUUAGAGGUUGAAAUGUGUGAUCGACUUAAUUCAAUGGGUCAACAGAUCAACUAUGAUGUUGAAGGAAAAUCUUUAAUGAAUGGAACUGUUAAUGGAACUAAUUGGAGAGACAAAAAAUCUAAUCCUAAAGAGCUUCGUUGGAAACAAUUAAAAAAGCUUAUUGAAGUUCCGGUCAUUCAAAAGCUUCCAGCAAUGGCAAAAGGCUAUUUAACAAGACGACUUAUGACAACAUCUAAAGUGAAAAAUUUAAUCAAGACAAUCAAAGACACAAUUAUCUUACUAGAUAAUUAUCGAAGUGAAGAUCAGGUUGCCCAAGAAGAGAUUGACUUUCAUCGAAGGUUAAUGGUACAAUUGGAGAAAUCAUUAGCUGAUUUUCAUGAUGUUUUCUUUACCGAAAAUAAAUCAGAACAAAUGAAACUAAUCUCACGAACUCGAGAAGUUGUCAUUGACAGAGCCUGGCGUCUUUCAACUGAGGCCCGAAGACUUCAGGCCGAAAAAGCGAAGAAAUUUGUUCACGAUAAAAGGAAAGAUUCACCAUUGUUGUCAAAUCCAUUGAGAAAUUUUAAACAAAGUAAAAAAGAUGAACCAGAGGAGAAACAAGAUCAACAAGAGAAAGAAAAAAGUUCAGACAAUCAACAAAUCGAAAUGUCAAACGAUAAAAACUCAGUAGAAUUGAAUGAAAAAUCAAAACAAGAGGAGAAACAACCUGAGUUAAUUGCAACUAAAUCGGAAGAAAAACACGAGCAGGAUGUGGAAAUGAAACCGAUCGAAGAUGAUGUCACAGAAGCCGAACCAAAGCCGAAAUCAAGGGCCAAAGCUAAACCAAAAGCUCCUUCCAAACCUCGCAAAGGUGCCAAGACUACAAAGAAAGUGCCAUUAGCCAAUGAAUCCGAAUCGCCGAGCUGUGAUUCAACAUCUCCAUCAUUAGCAUCCUCUGAUUCACCAGUGCCAACACCUCCAUUAGAACCUGCACCAUCUCUACCACCGACAAUUCCCGAGGCAUCAAAAAGUGCAGAAUUAACCAAAGAAAUUGCCCCGAAAAGGGCUAAAAGAACCGCACCAGCCAGUAAACGAGUUACUCGAGCAGCGAAAAAAUCUAAUUAAUCCAUGACAAACACUUAACGAAUGCAAAUGAAAAUAAUAAGCUAAUUACUUUUGGCUAUUAAUUAUUCCACUGAACUAUUCCUCAAAUGACAAUUAAUAUUCAACUGAAGCCCAUGACUGACAAAUCUACAUAUGCUCCAUGGUGACAAUUAGAUUUGAAUGAUUUUUUCCUAACAAUUUAUAUAUACAAAUUUCUCAAUCAAAUUUUCAUCUUUAUCUCUUGCAUGGAACAAGAAAAACUUAAUCAUUAGCUGAAUAAUUAUUUCUAUCGUGAAGAUAAUUUUAAUCAAUGAAUUUGAUCUAAUUAUAUUUAAACAAUUCUCAAGUGGAUGUGAUAUUUUUGUAAUAAACUUUUCCCUUUUAAAUAAUUGAA